UCACUGAAUUCUUAUCACUUUCAAAACACUAGAACUCAAAACUACUAUGGCCGCCCAGAGUGAGAAACCAGAGGUCUUUGAACUCAACAAUGGAUCCAUGCAUGUCAAAAUCUCCAAUUUUGGCGCCACAAUCUUGUCCCUCUCUGUACCUGACAAACAGGGAAAUUUUGCUGAUGUUGUUCUUGGAUUCGAUUCUAUUGAACCGUAUGUGAAUGGUGCUGCACCCUUUUUUGGGUGUAUUGUGGGUCGGGUCGCAAACCGAAUCAAAGAAGGUAAAUUUACUCUAGAUGGGAAUGAGUACACUUUGCCAAUCAACAAGCCGCCAAACAGUCUUCAUGGUGGUUUCAAGGGUUAUGAUAAAGUGAUAUGGAAGGUAGCAGAGCAUAAGAAUGGCGAGAAUCCAUCUAUUACUUUUAAGUAUCACAGCCAUGAUGGGGAAGAAGGCUACCCAGGAGAUGUGUCUGUGACAGCAACUUACACGCUUACUUCAAAAACGACAUUGAGACUUGACAUGGAAGCAGUUCCAGAGAAUAAGCCAACUCCAAUCAGCUUAGCUCAACACACCUACUGGAACUUAGCAGGCCACAACUCUGGAAACGUGCUUGAGCACACAAUUCAGAUUUGGGGGCAGCACAUUACUCCGGUGGAUGAGAACACAGUCCCAACCGGUGAAAUUAUGCCAGUCAAAGGCACCCCUUUUGAUUUCACCUCUGAGAAAAGGAUCGGUGCAUCAAUCCAUGAAGUGGGUUUAGGGUAUGACCACAACUACGUGCUUGACUGUGGGGAGGAGAAAUUGGGAUUGAAGCAUGCUGUAAAGCUGAAGGACGGGUCAUCCGCAAGGGUCCUUAACCUGUGGACCAAUGCCCCUGGGAUGCAGUUUUACACUGGGAACUAUGUCAAUGGAGUCGUUGGAAAAGGAGGCGCUGUUUAUGGAAAGCAUGCAGGUGUCUGCUUGGAGACACAAGGAUUUCCUAAUGCCAUCAACCAAUCUAACUUCCCAUCCGUGGUGGUUCGACCAGGCGAGACCUACAAGCAUUCAAUGUUGUAUGAGUUUUCAGUUGAAUGAUGUGAAGGAGAAGUGUGGAUAUUGAAAUUAAGGACAUUUGAUAUGCGUAAAUAAACCAGUUUGUUCUAGACUUGGAAGA